AGCAGCUUUUAUCAUACGUGCGUAAGACAUGAGUUCAUUUAAGCAGCACAUUUUAUUUUUAUGUGGCGUAGCAGUGAGUAUCCUUCUCUCAAUAAUGUAUUCAUGGGUUUUAAGGACUCUGACACCUUCAUUUGCUUUGAAUGGUAAUAAACCUGCGGUAAAACAUACAGCUGUGAGCAGAAGAACCGCGCUGGAGUUCAGCCAGAAGGUCAGAGUGUUGUGCUGGGUAAUGACACAGCCCAAACACCUGAAGUCCAGAACCCAACAUAUCCGUGCCACAUGGGGCAAACGCUGCAACAUCGUUCUGUACAUGAGCUCGGAGGCGUCCGAUUUCCCCACGGUAGGGCUCAACGUGUCAGAAGGACGCAGUCAACUCUACUGGAAGACCAUACGGGCCUUCCAGCACAUCCACACGCACCAUCUGGACCAUGCUGAUUGGUUCCUCAAAGCUGACGAUGACACGUUUGUUGUCCUUGAGAAUUUGCGCUACGGUUUGUCCAAGCACAACACGGAGGAGCCGCUGUAUUUUGGACGUAGGUACACACCAUUCAUCGCACAGGGCUACAUGAGCGGAGGAGCUGGUUACGUCCUCAGUAAGGAAGCCUUGAGGAGAUUCGUGAAGGGCUUUGCUGAUGGGCUUUGCACACACAACACGGAAACUGAGGAUGUUGGUUUGGGAAAAUGCAUGGAGACAAUGAAAGUUCAGAUGGGUGAUUCCAGGGACGUUUUGGGGAGACAAACCUUUCAUCCAUACCCUCCAGAUUAUUACCUGCCCAGACAGACACGCAGACCACGACCCUGGUAUCUCCUCUAUGAGCAUUACCAACCGGUUGAGGGCCCUGGAUGCUGUUCAGAUUUAGCCAUCUCUUUCCACUACAUAGACGCAGUGCAAAUGCACACUUUAGAGUACUACACCUAUCACUUACGCCCAUAUGGAUAUAAACACAGAUUUCAGCCAGAUGAACACUUAAAUAAUAGAACUAACAUCUAAGCUAACAAUAAGACAGCUUUCAAAACGUAAUCUUUAUGAGUGAAAUUUAUUGAUACAUGUAGACUGCACUGUACCAUUAAAUGUAAAUCACGUUAUAUUUAUUGUUCUAUACAAUGUUAAGACAGGUUUUUAUAAAAAGUUACAGACUAACAACUUUAUUGUCCGAAACAUUAAUAACAUAAGCUUUGGAAACACAGUGGUUUGCUUCAUCAUAGUCCAAAUGUAAAAGUAUGUAAGACAAGAAAAGCGUUGGUUAAUCCAGACUUUGGGUGUCAAAUAAUUGAUGGAAAUUAUGUUAAUAAUACAAUAUAAUACAAAUUUAACAUACAAUAAGAGUUUAACACAGAUUUUUAAUGUUAGGCUUUUUGCAUUUUAAGUACACAAGCACUCAAAAUGACACACAUAAAUGAUUUUGUCAUGAUCCGUGCUAGAAGUAGGCUGAUGCUAUCUUGUACACAGUAUUAGUCAUUUUGUGCAGUGCUUUUUUCCAGUAUAAAGCAGGGACAUAUUGUUAGCUUCUCAACAUUAGCUCUGGUUGAAAUUAAAAUACAUUUAUAUAAUAUUAAAAUAUGUAUAUGUAUUUAAUCAAUUAUGUUCUGAAAACAAGGGGUGUACUAGCACGAGCAUUGGGAAUGGUGUUCAAGGAAAAAAUGAAAAUUUACUGAAAAUUUCAGUCAAGUCAAGAUGUAGAUGAGUUUUCUUCAUCUGAACAGAUUUGGAGAAAUGUAGCA